AUGACUGCGGCCGCGCUCCUGCUCAGCCUGGCGCUGCUGGCCCCGCGCGCCGCGGGCGCGGCCAUGGACGCGUGCUACGACGGCGCGGGCCGGCCGCAGCGCUGCCUGCCCGUGUUCGAGAACGUGGCGUUUGGCAGGAGCGCCCGGGCCUCGCACACGUGCGGCCACCCGCCCGAGGACUUCUGUCCUCACGUGGGUGCGUCGGGCACGGCGGCCCACUGCCAGCGCUGCGACGCCGGCGACCCUGCCCGUCACCACAAUGCCUCCUACCUCACCGACUUUCACAGCCAGGAGGAGACCACCUGGUGGCAGAGCCCGUCCAUGGCCUUUGGCGUGCAGCACCCCACCUCGGUCAACAUCACCCUCCAGCUGGGAAAGGCUUAUGAAAUCUCAUACGUGAGGCUGAAGUUCCACACCAGCCGCCCGGAGAGCUUCGCCAUCUACAAGCGCAGUCGCGCCGGAGGCCCGUGGGUGCCCUACGACUGGGUCACCAGCACCGAGCUCCUCAUCUCCCUCAACCGGCUCAACACUUUUGGGGACGACAUCUUCAAGGACCCCAAGGUGCUCCAGUCCUACUACUACGCCGUGUCUGACUUCUCAGUGGGCGGCAGGUGCAAGUGUAACGGGCACGCCAGCGAGUGUGGCCCCAGCGAGGCAGGCCAGCUGGUCUGCCAGUGCCAGCACCACACCACAGGCCCGGACUGUGAGCGAUGCCUGCCCUUCUUCCAGGACCGCCCGUGGGCCCGCAGCACAGCCGAGGCCGCCCAGGAGUGCCUGCCCUGCACCUGCAGCGGCCACUCAGAGGAAUGCUCCUUCGACCCGGAGCUGUUCCGCAGCACCGGCCACGGCGGGCGCUGCCACCACUGCCGCCACCACACCGCCGGCCCACACUGCGAGCGCUGCAGAGAGAACUUCUACCGCUGGGACCCGAAGAUGCCAUGCCAGCCCUGCGACUGCCACCUGUCUGGCUCCCAGCACCUCCAGUGUGACGGCUCGGGCACCUGCGCUUGCAAACCCACUGUGACAGGCUGGAAGUGUGACCGCUGCCUGCCCGGGUUCCACUCCCUCAGCGAGGGAGGCUGCAGGCCCUGUACCUGUGAUCCUGCAGGCAGCCUGGGCACCUGUGACCCCCGCAGUGGACGCUGCCCCUGCAAAGCAAAUGUGGAAGGCAACCAGUGUGACAGAUGCCGCCCGGGGACAUUCAACCUGCAGUCCUACAACCCAGCCGGCUGCAGCAGCUGCUUCUGCUAUGGCCACUCUAAGGUGUGCACAGCCUCGUCCCAGUUCCGGGAGCAUCACAUCCUUGCCGACUUCCACCAAGGAGCCGAGGGCUGGGGAGCCAGAAGUCGUGGUGGCUCAGAGCACCCCGCACAAUGGACCCCAAGGGGGGUCCUCCUGAGCCCAGAAGAUGGGGAGGAGCUCACAGCACCAGAGAAGUUCCUGGGAGAUCAGAGGUUCAGCUAUGGGCAGCUCCUCACUCUGACCUUCAGGGCGCCCCCGGGGGCUGCCCCACUGCCUGUGCAGCUGAGGCUGGAAGGGGCAGGCUUGGCUUUGUCUCUGUUGCCUAGCAACCUAUCCAGCCCCCAGGACACUGGGCAGCCUGGAGAGGUGCAGCUCAAGUUUCAGAUGCAGGAAACCUCAGAAGAUACAGAGGCUCCGCUGCCCGCCUUCCACUUCCAGAGACUCCUGGCCAAUCUCACCACACUGGGCAUCCGGGUCAGCAGCCCAAGGCCAAGUCCUCCAGGCCCCGUGGUCCUGACUGAGGUCCAGCUCACGUCAGCCAGGAGGGGACUUUCUCCCCCAGUCUCCUGGGUGGAGACUUGCUCGUGUCCGAAGGGGUACAAGGGCCAGUUCUGUGAAUCUUGUGCUCCAGGAUACAAGAGGGAGACACCCAUGGGGGGUCUGUACGCCAACUGUGUCCCCUGCAGCUGCAACCGGCAUGGCACCUGUGACCCCAACACAGGGACCUGCCUGUGCCAACACCACACGGAGGGCCCUUCCUGUGAGCGCUGCCUGCCAGGUUUCUAUGGCAACCCCUUCGCAGGCCAAGCCAACGACUGCCAGCCCUGCCCAUGCCCUGGGCAGUCAGCCUGCACCACCAUCCCAGAGAGCGGGGAGGUGGUGUGCACCCACUGCCCCCCGGGCCAGAGAGGGCGCCGCUGUGAGAUGUGCGAUGAUGGCUUUUUUGGGGAUCCCCUGGGGCGCUCGGGGGUCCCCCAGCCUUGCCGCCGGUGCCAGUGCAGCAGGAACAUUGACCCCAACGCUGUGGGCAAUUGCGACCCCCUGUCUGGCCGCUGCCUGCGCUGCCUGUACAACACCACCGGAGACCACUGUGAGCGCUGUCAGGAGGGCUUCUAUGGGAGCGCCCAGGCCCCUCGGCCUGCGGACAAGUGUGCGCCCUGUGCUUGUACUCCUGAGGGCUCAGUCCGUGAGAAGACCCCCUGUGAUCCAGUGACCGGUCAAUGCCCUUGCCUGCCUCAUGUGACCGGAAGGGACUGUGGCCGCUGCCGCCCUGGCUUCUACAACCUCCAGCCUGGAAGGGGCUGCCAGAGCUGCAGGUGCUACCUGCUUGGCUCCCACCAGGACCAGUGCCACCCCAAGACUGGGCAGUGCCCCUGCCGCCCAGGCGUUGCAGGCCGGGCCUGUGACAGGUGCCAGCAGGGUUUCUUCGGCUUCUCCGCCAAGGGCUGCCGGGCCUGCAGGUGCUCCCCGCUGGGCUCAGCCUCCGCACAGUGCCACGAGAACAGCACGUGUGUGUGCAGGCCCGGCUUCGUGGGCUACAAGUGCGACCACUGCCAGGACAACUUCUUUCUCGGGAGCGGCAGCCUGCACUGCCAGGAGUGCCCACCCUGCUACUCGCUGGUGAAGGAGGAGGCUGCCAAGCUGAAGGCCAGACUGACCUUGAUGGAGGGGUGGCUGCGGGGGUCUGGCUGUGGCACCCCCUGGGAACCACUAGAUGUUCUGCAAGGAGAGGCCCCCCGGGGAGAUGUCUACCAGGACUAUUACUCAUUGCAAGCGUCCCGGGAAGCCUUCGUGGAGCAGAUGUGGGGCCUUGAAGGCUCGCUGAAGACAGCCCGGGAGCAGCUGCAGGAGCUGAGCAGCAGGGCCCGCUGCUCCCAGGCCAGCGCCGAGAAGCCCUGUGUCCAGCUGGCCGAUCUUGCCGCGGCGCUGAGGUCCUCAGAGGAGGAGAUCUGGCACGCAGCCUCCGUCCUCUCAUCUCUGGUCUUGGACAGAGUGGGGGAUGCGGAAGAGAUCUUGAAAUCAGACCAAACAGACAAGGCGUACCGGUUGGAUGGAGACAGUGAAGGCCCUGAGACCACGGCCCUUAGUCAUCCCCAAGGGAACACCGCCGCUGAGGUUGAGGCUGUUGCUCGGAGGGCCCUGCUGGUCUCCAACACCAGUUACACGCUCCUCUGGGAUCUGGUGGAGGGCAGAGCGGCCGUGGCGGCCCAGCAGGACCUGGAAGACAGGUACCAGGAGGCCCAGGCGGCCCAGAAGUCCCUGAGCACAGCUGUGGCCAAGUUGCUGCCGGAAGCCGAGAGGAUGCUGGCCUCUGUGCAGAGAGUCAGUUCGGAUGGAGUCCAGAGCCUGGCCUCGUUGUCUGCCCUGGGGACACUGCCUAUGAAGCCCCUGGCCCAGGACCUAGACCUGAAGGGGCGGAGCCUGGAAAAGACAGUCACAGUGAGAGCGCGUGUGGCCACCAAAGCUGUCCGAGACCUUCAAGCCACUGCCCAGACGGUGCUGCAGAAGAUCAAGCCCUUCACACAGCUGCGCCAGGAGGCCAGAGCCGCGCUGACCCAGGCUUCCUGCUCUGUCCAGGCUGCCACAGUGACUGUCAGGGGAGCCAGGACUCUGCGGGCUGACCUGGAAGGAAUACAGCUGCAGUUCCCUCAGAUCAAGGACCAGGCCUUGCUGAGGAGAAAGGCAGGCACCAUCCGGGACAGGCUCCUGGCAGACACGAAGAAGAAGACCAAGCAGGUGGAGAGGAUGCUGGGAAAUGCAGCACCUGUGUCCUCCAGCGCCAAGAAGAAGGGCAGAGAAGCAGAGCAGUUGGCCAAGGACAGUGCCAAGCUCGCCCAGGCCUUGCUGAGGACAGGCAAGCAGGAGCACCGGCGUGCCAGCCGACUGGCCAGCCAGGCACAGGCCACUCUCCGCAGGGCCUCCCGCCAGGUGCUGAUCUCCAGAGCACACCUGCAGGAGGGAGAGGAAGCAGAGCAGGUGGGUGCAGGGCUGAACGAGAUGGAGCGGCAGAUCCAGGAGUCGCGCCUGUCCCUGGAGGUGGACAUCAAGGCUUUGUCAGAGCUCCUGGGCAGGCUGGGUAAGGAGACCCUGAGUCUGGGUUUAGAUGCCUCGGGGACCUGGGGGCACCCUUGGGAGCUUUACACCAAGUCCACUCCUGGUCACCCUCGGCCCCCUCCCAUCACGGUCACCAUCACCUCUGCUCCCAAUCAUCACCACCUCCGAGCCUGUCACCCAUCUGCCAGCACCACCAUUAAGUUCCAGUAUGAACUCCAGAGGGCCCCUGGGGGGCCCCUGGGCCACCCCCUGGUUUGA